AUGGUCCGUUGGGAACGAGCCAGGAAAGGAUGGGAUUGCGGCUACGAUUCCGUUACACAACUCUUGCAACAUAGAGACACAACCGUUGCGCAACUGCUCAUGACCCCGUUGUGCGUUCCAAAUCCAAUGCUCCUUCGAAUAUGCUAUUUAUGUCCAAUCCUGACACGAACUUCAAAAAUCAUCGUGAACAUCAGUGCGCAAAGUUUGAACAAAGGAGUUGUCAGUCAGUACAUAGAGGUGGAAAAAUACUUCAUGCUAAGAGCGACAAUAGCGACGGCCAGCAGCGUGCCCGGAAGCCCGCACAUCAGGACGAUCAGGCUGUGGUAG